AUGCCAGCAAGUCAUCCAGAAUGUCCUCCGCAUUCGUUCGAUGACAUUCUAACAUUCGAGGCGCUCAUCAACUCAAAUCCAUCAAAAUUUGAGAUGAUCCUGACUAGAUUUUUACGUGGUCCCGUAUGUAAAACCAACUACAGCAAAGGCCAGAAAAAAAAUCCAUACAAAUUCAGGAAUCAAAUCUACAGUCCUGAGCGUCAAACUGAUCAUCUUUUCCGACAAAGCAAAAGCAUGAAGGUGCUCGUUCUUUUCCUGCUUUGGGUGGAUUUCGCUAGGAUUUAUGGAGAAGAGGCCUUCACGUGCGACGAUACGGGUGAGGAAUGUCCGACGAAAAUGUGUUUCUAUGGAAUUGAUCAUGAACAUAGUUGUUAUCGAGCUGGUUGCGACACGAAAGAACAAUGUAAAGGACGUCGACACAAUGAAUGCUUCAUAGGGAAUGGAUUGCACACAUGUUGUUGUAUGGAACGUGGAUGCGCUGCCAGCUAUAAAGGUCUUAGCGAUUGCGUUGAUGAUCCGAAAAACAGCACCGAACCGAAUGAUAUAACGACUUCCGUCACAGAUGUGGCCACGGAGGAGGAAAAUGCCGGCAGUGAAAAGGAAGAGUUAACUACUGAGAGUUACACAUUACCGGCAGCGACGGACGUUCCAGUGACGUCGGCGGAAGUUGUUUUAACCACCACCACCACCGCUGCCACCACCACAGAGACUCUUUCCACGACAUCGGAGGCGGAUGAAAUUACCACUGCGUGGAGGGGGACCACUUUGGCAGCAAUUUCAACGGCAUCAAAGGAAGAAGAAACUUCCACAGAAGCGGCAAGGACAUCUACGGAAGCGAUCAGAACAUCAACAGAAGCCGUACAGACAUCUACCGAACCGAUCAGAACAUCAACGGAAGCGAUAAGGACAUCUACGGAAGCGAUACAGACGUCAAUAGCAACGGAUCGAACGACAUCCUCACCCACUCCUUCCAGAGAAACGACAACCACACGUGGUGAAACCACCACAUCCAGAACAACCCACCCAGUAAUCGUAGCAACUCGAACGACAACCGUAUACACUCCUAGGACUACGAGAUAUACAACAACCCAAAUCCAUGACGAAACAACAACGGCUCAAAUUGAAGAAUUCCGAUUGUUACCGGAUAUGCCGCAUGUUCAAAAGCAAACAGACCCGCCUGAGCAGAGUAGCACUGAGAAAAAACAACUAACUACCUCCUCAAUGAGGACGACAACUCAACGUUUCACUACUACACCUGUUAGAACAAUACCACCUGCUAUAAAUGAGCCAAUUGUUGAACCGUCUAGUGAGUUGGAACCAGCACGAACAGAAAAAUCUCAUCUCAUAUCCACAGCGAAGAAUCUGGAUGAAGAGCCGGAAUCUGAUCCGCCCACUAUCUCAUCCGAAGAGUAUGAGGAGGAGGAAAAUAGCACACAAACUAAUGGUGAAAAAAUUGAUACGUCUUCACUCAUCUCUGUCUAUGAAGUGACAACAUUGGCGGUGAAAAAUAGAGAGAUUCAGGAACAAUGGAAACCGUCUGUACCAUGGUGGGCCGCUGUUGCUAUGGGCUUUUUAGUAUCUGUGAUUGUUGCGUGGGCGGUAGUGUUCCUGCUUCGAAAGAAAAAGCUACGAGAAGCUGAGAGUGCGAAUCGAAAAUCGGCGGACAAGGAGGCGGCCGUUGCUGAUCCAUUAUUGAAACCAACAGAAAUCCCCGACAAUUAG